AUGGAAGGCAGCUGGGUCGAUGAGCUCCCCAGUGUACUAUGGGAGCUCUGUACGAUUCCUAAGGAAGGGACCAAGGUGACUCCUUUCCACCUGGUGUAUGGUGGCGAAGCGGUUUUCCCCGUCGAAGUCGAAGUUGAAUCUGAUCGGAUACAACACUACAGCGAGGACAACGCCGAGCGGAGGCUUUUAGAGCUAGACUUAAUGGACGAAGCGCGCACAAAAACUACCAUCCGGUUGAUGAUAUACCGGCAGAGGAUGAAGCAAAGAUACAAUCAGAGGGUGAUCCCAAGAUCGUUCCAGGUCGACGACUUGGUAUGGAAGAAAGUGAAGCCGGUCGGUGAUAUCACUAAGUUAGAGGCUCCAUGGGCUGGACCCUUUAAGGUCGUAGAGAAGCUCUGCUCGAGUGCCUACUACUUAGAAGAUGAGGAUGGACGGCGACUGCAAAGGCUGUGGAGCGUGAACCAUCUCCAGCCUUUUCAAGCCGGAUGA